AUUGGCUUCCGCUACUCGAGCUUGACUUCCGGGUUUUUUUGUUUAUACAUUCGGCAGGCCAUGCUAAGGAUUUAUUAGUUCUGUUCUCGGCUGCUGUAUCAUUCUCGUCUUUGGUUUAUUCGUGAACUGGUAAAUAGAAGAUGAGCACGCUGCCCCUCUCUCGCUCAGAGGUGUUCGACGCACUGAGGAAAGAGCUGCACGAGGAUAAAGAGUUUCACCCCUCAGAUGUCCAUAUCUUUAUCAUUUUGGGUGCAUCUGGAGAUCUGGCCAAAAAGAAGAUUUAUCCAACUCUGUGGUGGUUAUUCAGAGAUGGUCUUCUUCCUGAACAGACCUUCUUUGUCGGCUUUGCCCGCUCUAGCCUGUCUGUGGAUGCCAUUCGCAAAGCCUGUCUGCCCCAUAUGAAGGUGGCGAACACUGAAGCAGACCGUCUCUCCGCCUUCUUCAGCCGUAACUCCUAUAUAAGUGGGAAGUACAAUGAUGAGAGCGCCUUCUCCAACCUGCAUGCACACCUGAUGUCUCUGCCUGGAGGUGCAGGAGCCAACCGUCUCUUCUACCUGGCCCUGCCACCCAGCGUCUACCAUGAUGUCACCCAGAACAUCAAACACCAAUGUCUUAGCACUAAGGGAUGGAACAGAGUUAUUGUCGAAAAGCCGUUCGGACGUGACCUGAAGAGCUCGGAGGAACUGUCCAAUCAUCUUUCGUCUCUCUUCACUGAGGACCAGAUCUACCGCAUAGACCAUUACCUUGGCAAAGAGAUGGUGCAGAACCUCAUGGUUUUAAGGUUUGGAAAUAGAAUAUUUGGGCCCAUAUGGAACCGAGACAGCGUUGCCAGUGUGGUUCUGACCUUUAAAGAGCCCUUCGGAACACAGGGUAGAGGUGGAUACUUUGAUGAUUUUGGCAUUAUCCGCGAUGUCAUGCAGAAUCAUCUUCUGCAGAUGCUCUGUCUGGUUGCCAUGGAAAAACCUGCCUCCACCAGCUCGGAUGAUGUAAGAGAUGAGAAGGUGAAGGUGCUGAAGUGCAUUGCUCCAGUAACUCGCUCAGAUGUGGUUUUGGGCCAGUACGUAGGAGAUCCAGAGGGAGAGGGAGAUGCUAAGCUAGGCUACCUAGAUGAUCCUACUGUCCCUAAAGGAUCUACACAAGCUACAUUUGCUACAGCUGUAGUCUAUGUCAGGAAUGAACGCUGGGAUGGUGUUCCAUUUAUUCUGAGAUGUGGGAAAGCGCUGAAUGAGCGGAAGGCAGAAGUGAGGCUGCAGUUUACAGACGUACCAGGAGACAUUUUUAAUUCUCAUUGCCGGAGGAACGAACUGGUGGUACGUGUCCAGCCCAAUGAGGCUAUCUAUGCCAAGAUGAUGACCAAGAAACCUGGAGGCUAUUUCAGCCCUGAGGAGACGGAGCUGGACCUGACCUACCGUAGCAGAUACAAGGAUGUCAAGCUUCCAGAUGCCUACGAGCGUCUGAUCCUGGAUGUCUUCUGUGGCAGUCAGAUGCAUUUUGUGCGCAGUGAUGAAUUGAGGGAAGCAUGGAGGAUUUUCACCCCACUUCUUCAUCAGAUAGAAAAAGAGAAGAUUGCUCCCUUUGAAUAUAAAUACGGAAGCCGUGGUCCUCCCGAGGCAGAUGAACUGGCGCAGAAGGUGGGCUUCCGUUACGAGGGAACUUACAAAUGGAUCAAUCCCCACAGACUGUGAACGGAGCACAGACAUUGUGUUUGCAUUUCGGAGUCAGUUUGUGUGCAGACCAAAAGAAUUUACAGAUCACAACCAUAAAAAUAAUUAACUUUUUUUAUAUCAUGCCUAGAAAUUAAAUGCACAUCAUAGUUGUUUGUAGUCUAUUGUAACUAAUUGCUCCUAUAAAAAGCUACCUGUUAUUCCUUUCUGUUUCAUUCCAGCACUUAAAUGGUCACAUAAAGGCACAUUUAUAGAUUAUAGGUUACAUAACUGUUCUUAUAAUUUGCUUUCCUUUUUUUUCCUCUUAUCUAUAAUAUAGUAUGUAAUUAAAUAAUGUCACUGUUUUCAAAUAGGAGAUCACGUAAUAAUUGAUAGCAAGUGUUUAAUGGGUAGGAGCUUUUUAAUAUUAAUUCACUUUCUGUUUGCUGUUGUGUCACAGCUGCAAUAUUCACAAACAUUUUCACAUGUACAGGUCAUGUGUUUGGUCCAUUUAGUGCAGGGCUUUAACAAAUGCAUUGCAUUAAUAGAUGAUGUUUAUACACAAUAAGGCUGAAAAUAUUUGGACACCUGACCAUGACGUAAAUAUACACAUUCCAACACCAUAAAUAAGGAGUUGGUUCCACCAGGUGUAUUGUCAUGAUAAAACAGGUUUUGGCCUGUUUUUUUUCAGCGAAGGGAAAUAUUAAACAUGCAGCAUACCAGCCUCAUGUUGGGGGUAGAACCACUUAUGGAUGUAAUGGUCAGGUAGGGAUGCCAUUAAAUGAGGUAAGUAUAGACGAUUUCAGGGGCCCCUGGCCGACUUCUUUGGAAAUGUUGAGUUUGUCAAGGUUUGGGGCCCAAUCUAUUAGCUUUUUAAGGCACCCAGAAUCUCUAGCGGCGCCCCUAUGGUCAGGUGUCCACAUACAUUUGACUUUAUAGUGUGCAGGAAAGAGUUUUUGAGCCACAAGAUCACAGAUAACAAAAUCAUAUAUUAUAUAACUUAAAUCUUUUGUUCUUACAUUCCAUUUUAUGUUUUGCACCGUCCCAUGUGACAUUAAAUACAUGAUGUCAUGUGAUUUAUUUUUAUUUUGGCUUGCUAAGAUGUCAUAAUUACAUUAGCUUUUUUGUCUACAACAAGAUGGUUGAUAAAAGUUUUUAAUUUUUGUUUCCAACAUAAACAGCAAUUGACCAAUGAUAUAUUUGAAGAAAAUCGUGAAAUGUUAUCCAAAGUUAUUCAAAUAAUUUUUUAUGGGGACCUGAAAAAAACUUGAUUGGUGUCGGUGGAGCUGCAUGUUGUGCAUUUAAUUAUAAUACUUUUGAAUAAUGCUUGGGUUUUAAAAAUGCUCUGAUCAUUGCAUUCCAUUCAUGCUCUUAUAAAUGUCCAGUUACAAGUUUAUGACUGAACACACUUCAAUUUCAGGCUGAGUGAGAUGAAGUAAAAAAACUGCAAUUUUAGGUAAAACCUAUGUUUAAAACUGGUAUUCCAUAAAUAAAUGCUAUAUGACCAGUGUUAUUAAAAAUGUUCUUUAUUUAUCUUAGAUUGAUAGAUUGAGUGAUUAUAUUGGAAGAUUUGGUGAGAGUUUACAAAAAAUUUUCCAUCUCUUUUGUCACAAAUUAAGCUAUUCCUUAUUUACUAUUAUUUGUUUAUCUUCAUCUGUCUACAAACUUUUUUCCAGUUUCUAAAUAUUGUGCAUUUUCCUUGAUAAAGGAUUAUUAAAGUUUAAUUAAAAGAGCAA